UUUUGACACUUGCUGGUUAUGACAUUCCGAAAAUCGGCAUGAAAGCAAGUGUUUUUGGCGAAAAAAGCAUAUUACACGAAACGGAUUCAAAAUUAAAUAAUAAGGCAAAUAAUCCAUAUUAAAAAGUGUUGCCUCUAUUGCUGUAAGACUCAAGCAUUUUUCAUUUGUCAACCAAGUCAGUGUUCUUACGACGAUGUUGCGUACCUUUGUAACCACCGCUGGACGACUAUCCCAGCAACAUCAUCAAUCAUUGUUACUACGAAAUGGACGUCAGCUCAUACAACAAAGCCGUACCAAAGCAUCCACACCAAUGAAUACAAUAGUGAUGUUUGUGCCACAACAGGAGGCGUGGAUAGUGGAGCGUAUGGGUCGUUUUCAUAGAAUAAUGGAACCCGGUCUAAAUAUAUUAGUACCAUUCAUUGAUAAAAUCAAAUAUGUACAAAGUUUGAAGGAAAUAGCAAUUGAUGUGCCCAAACAAAGCGCAAUUACAUCAGAUAAUGUGACACUCAGCAUAGAUGGUGUUUUGUACUUACGUAUCAUCGAUCCUUAUCGCGCUUCGUAUGGUGUAGAAGAUCCGGAAUUUGCGAUAACACAACUUGCGCAGACAACUAUGCGUUCGGAAUUGGGUAAAAUGUCAUUAGAUAAGGUCUUCCGUGAGCGUGAAUCUCUCAAUGUCAGCAUAGUCGACUCGAUUAAUAAGGCAAGUGAAGCAUGGGGUAUUGCUUGUUUGCGUUACGAAAUCCGUGAUAUUCGAUUACCUACACGUGUACACGAAGCUAUGCAAAUGCAGGUGGAAGCAGAAAGACGUAAACGUGCGGCCAUUUUGGAGUCUGAAGGUAGUCGCGAAGCAGAAAUCAAUAUUGCUGAGGGUAAGAGAAAAUCCCGUAUACUCGCUUCCGAAGCUGAACGACAAGAACAAAUUAAUAAGGCGAGUGGUGAAGCGGCAGCGAUGUUAGCCGUUGCCGAUGCACGUGCACGUGGACUACAAAUUGUGGCUAAAUCAUUGCAAGACUUAGAUGGUAAAAAUGCGGCAUCACUCACAUUGGCUGAGCAAUAUAUUGAUGCAUUUAGAAAUUUGGCGAAAACCAAUAACACCCUCAUACUGCCAUCAAAUCCUGGCGACGUAACGGCACUUGUUACACAAGCUUUAAGUGUUUACCAAACAGUUGCCAAUGCUAAUGUUGGUAAUGUAAAGAAUUUACGUAGCGGGAAUGAUAUGCUGGAUAAUAGUAUUGGUGAACUUAAAUGUAAAGAGGAUAAGAAUGUAAAAUUACCGAAAAUGGAUGUUGAAUAACUGAGAUACGAUAAAGUGAAAUAUGAAUUGGAAUAAAAUUGCAAUUUAUAUGUUGUAUUGUUAAAUUUAUUGGUUUUCUUUCUGCAAAUUAUAGUAGAGAUUAGUUUAUAUAAUCAUAAUAGUAGAAUUCUGUCAGUAUGAAUUUAAGACCGUUGAACAAUUGCAAAUUGCUGUUAUUAUAUGUUUUUUAUUUCAAGCAUAGAAACUGCUGGGUUAUGAAAUACAUAAUACGAUAAUAAUACCA